CGUUGACGAUUCGUUGUAUAUUGUUUUGCUGUCUCUCUCUCUCUCUCUCCUCUACUCCUGUUUCUGUUUCUGUUUCCGUUUCUACUCACCAUUCUCGUUACAGUCUUGAAUGAGGCCGACUUAUUCCAACACAGUAACACCCAAAAAAUGCCACGAAACUUCCCUCCUACGUCCCUCCAGAGACACGGCGUGCGCCGUCCCAGCGAGCCGACGGCUCGAGACCGUCACGUCCGCCACCACCACCCUUUCGCCGGUGAUGAGCAACCCCUAAACGAGAACUCGAAAUGGCAACGGACAAGACACCACAUGAUAGCCAUGUGCGGUGAAUUCGUCGGAACUUUGCUGUUCCUUUGGUUCUCUUUUGCGAUUGCACAAACCGCCGCCUCGACGGGUGGUGUCGCAGGGACAUCUUCCGAAUUCGUCCUCACGAGCCUGGGUUUUGGUUUCUCAUUGUUGGUGACAGUCUGGGCCUUUUACAGAAUAUCAGGUGGAUUGUUCAAUCCUGCUGUCACUCUCGCCAUGGUCAUGACGGGAAACCUACCUUGGUUCCGUGGUCUCUUGCUACUUCCGGCGCAACUACUCGGUGGCAUAGUCGCCGCCGCUCUCGUCCGGUGCAUGUUCCCAGGUGAACUCGCCGUCAACACCACCUUGUCCAACGGCACUUCUCGGGCUCAGGGGGUCUUUAUCGAAAUGUUCUUGACUUCCCUCUUGGUCUUUACCAUUCUAAUGUUGGCCGCCGAGAAACAUUAUGCCACCUUUAUGGCUCCCGUGGGGAUCGGUCUUGCACUGUUCGUUGCGAUGAUGGCUGGCGUCCAUUGGACCGGUGCGUCACUCAACCCGGCAAGAAGUUUCGGUCCGGCCGUUGCGACGCCGUAUUUCCCCGGAUACCAUUAUAUCUACUGGUUCGGUCCCAUCAUGGGCGCGUUGCUGGCGGGCGGGUAUUACAAGUUCGUCAAGUACUUCAACUACGAAGAGUCGAACCCCGGGCAGGACGCCCUCGACGAAAGGGAGAAGCAAAGAGAGGGGGAGAGAGUCGAAUCACAUUCUUCUGCCGGGGUUUGAGAUUGACGGAUGUUUGGGAAACAAAAGAAGAAGAAGAAAAGGAAAACAACAACUCUAGUCAACCAAAAACCAAUAAAAUGAAUUGCCAAUGCCAAAAGCAUUUGUGUGGGGUGGCGCUGGAUCUUGUUCGGUGGGCUACUGGGAGCAUGCCUCAUGUCCCAUCACCCUUUUGUUCGGCCGGCGGGGUCACAGGGGAAAUGUAAUCAAGGCUCACCUCACCCCAGUUGUAACAGAUACGCAUGGUAGUUCCACUCCGCCAGGCAGAAGCAACAAUGAGGAACGACAUCUGACACAAGGGAGGUACUCAUCGAGACCGAAGCAGACGCAACAAAAUUGGUCACACGAUGGGCGUAUACAACAUACACGAG